AUGGCACCCAUCGAAUACAUCAUCGAUCCCGACCGAGACACAGUCAUAACUUUGAGUAAUCCAUGUUCGACUUUCGCGCCUUGGGAGCUGGAACAGGAGGGUGAAUCUAGCGUUCCACCUGAUACAGCACAGGAUAUAUCAGCCCAGCAGGAUUUCUUUGAGAUGCCAGUAUCCACAAUAAGUAGGCCAAGAUCCAAGAAGGAAAAGAUGGCGGCCAGAAGGGCAGCGCAGAAAUGCAUUAACGAUUCUGAUGAAGCUCCAGAUACCGCUAGCCCUCUAGAGCCUGAUCUUACCGAGCAAGCCUAUGAAGCUGGUGUACACCUCUUCGAUGAGUCGACCAUGGUUGAAGUGUCCUCUUCUGAAAGCCACACUGGAGUCGUGUCUGAAGAGCGUGCGCCAUCACCAAGCGAGCCCCAAGAGCCUGUCGGGCCUGAGGAAGUGUCCAUUCGUUACUAUGUGUCUUCACGCCACUUGAUGCUUGCGUCGCCGAUGCUCAAGCGAGCAUUGUUAAAGGAUGGGUUUGCCGAAUCGCGUCGAGACGGUACCGAUGGCCUUUACCAUGUAGAGGCUUCCGAUUGGGACCCAGAAGCAUUUCUCAUCGUUUUGCGAAUCGUUCAUGGUCGCAACAAGCAGGUUCCGCGAGAAGUGACUCUGGAAAUGCUUGCCAAGAUCGCUAUUCUGAAAGACUACUACAAUUUCGGACAAGCUCUCGAUCCGUUCACCGACGUAUGGAUUGAAAGGCUCGCUAAAACACCUAUACCAGCGGUCUGCUGCAGGAACGUAGUGUUAUGGGUCUGGGUGGCAUGGGUGUUCGAUAUCGAAAAGCAGUUCCUGGAGGCCACAACCACAGCCAUUCAACAGAGCACUGACUCCUUUCCGACAUUGGGUCUACCUAUCCCUGAGAUUGUAUCAGGUUCGUGA